AUGACGUCACACACUAAUAAUCAACGGGUAAUAAAAGUUCUCGACUUCACUGUACCAGUUCAAGAAGAUGGAACAUUUUACAUAUACGAAAUCUAUCAACCCGACAAGGUAGUGCUACAAGAAUACCCAGCGUUCUAUUACGAUGGAACGCCAGGUGGCUUGCCAUUUGGUACAGAGAUUAAAAACUAG